GGAAUGUUAUGAUAUUAUCAUAACCAUUAGUUCUAGAACUUAAGGUAGAACUUCUUCUCUCACCAUAUCCGUGCAGUCAGUUCCCUAAUAUUUCUAUUUUAGCCACGAAAAGUUCCUGGUUGGAGUAUCCGGUAUCCCGGAUUUCUGUGUCAAUCUCUGGGAUUGGAAGAAUGAGGUUCUUCUCUGCUCUGCUCCUUUACCUAGACCUAGAGAAGAUUAUCCUAUUCAUACGUCCUUCCCUCAGAAUUCAGGAACUGGGCUGUCUACAAUGCUUUCUACGGAGAACGGAGGAAUCUUGUCAAUCUGGGAGAUUGAACGGGUUCGGACUAAUUACAAGAUAAUUCCUCAUAUCUUAACAGUAAAAAGUGUGAUUUCCUUUACCUGGGUCUUCCCACAGGAUCUAUUUAUUCUAACAGCUGACAAGGAUUUCAUCAAGUAUGAUACUGCUACUAAACAAUACACUGAGAUAAUGACAGACCUGAACCUGGAAUGCAUCCUACAGGAGCAGAACCUGGAUCCUAAAUAUACUCAUCUUAGAGCACAUUUUGAUGGUCUGCUCCUGGCUACAUCAAACCUCAUAAUUCUUUUAAGUAUUAUCGGAAAACGAGAUCAGUUAAAGUUGGUUGGAACCUUUCCUCUUGGGAGCCCGUUAAUAUGUUUAAAGGACUUCAAUACCUCAUACAAGUACACUGGUUGGAGUGAGAGAGGCAACCUUGUAUGUAUUCCUACUACGGAGUUAUCCAUUGAUAUUAGGGAACUCAUCCAGAAUGAACCUUGGAGGGAGUACGUGGAUGCCUGCUUUCCAUGGAGAUCCAAACAGAUUUUUGUCUCGAUCUGCAGAAACAGCACAGUACGGGUUCAUGACACUAAAUCUAAGAAAAUACUGUGGAGCUUGAUACUACCGGUUGGGUUGGUUUCUAUGGCUUCUGUUCCGCUCCGACAAUCUAUCCUAAUAAGCACACAGGACGGAAGAGUGUUAUCCUUGCUUCUAGAUGCUCCUGAGUCCAUGGAUGAUAAUGAACCAGUAGUUUCCGCUAGAUUUACAGAGGAGAUGUAUGUGCAUAGUUCUCCAAUAUCCAGGAUUAAAGUGGAUUCUAAAGCUAAGGUUGCUGGGUUUGUGAGUUCUGUUCAAGGAAUUAUUGCUGUAGCAGAACUCAAGAAUUCAAAUCUCAGUUACAUCGAUCAGAGUAUGGUGGAGGGAAACAUUUUAGAUUUUUCUAUCCAGGGUAAGAAGGUUGUAACUCUCUCCUGUCCUGCAGAGAAUGGAUCUGGAUAUGGAGAUCUUGUAAACCAUCUCAGUAUUACAAAGACCAGUCUAGAUGUUCUCAGGGUUAUCAGUCUUAGUGUAGAGUGCUCCGGGAUUGUUCUUGCACACAACUCAACCUUCUUCUACUCAAUGAUGCGGCACAGUAAAGAGAUUGGAAAGUUUCGUCUCCAAGGAGAAGAUGGUUUAGAUCGUUCUGGUGGAGAUGAUAUAGUAGAGAAACUGCUUCCAAUAUCUGCAGUUCGGAGUGGACACGGUUUACCAGUUUAUUCUAUAAAUUCUACUCUCUUAGACGGAUUCAUUCUUGCAGGAUCCGACGGAGUGGUAACUGUUCAUAAAUCUGGUUUCUCCGGGUCUGAGAGUUUACAUGUUCAGCACUACAGAGCAGGAGGAGCUAAUACCGCAGAUAUUGAUAUACUUGGGAAUAUUGUCUCUGUGAGUAAAUCUGGAACCUUGGUUUACAUCAUGAGGAAGGAACCCAUACCUUUAGAGUCUACUGGAGCACCCCCGGUCCGACGAAACCAGGACGGGUUUAGUUCUCCGGAGAUACAGAUAUCCGCUAAACCUAUCGGGCAGAGUCAAAGGGAGAGGAAGGUUGGGACUCAGAACCAGGUUGAGAGAAGGAAAUAUGAAACUGAGAUCACUGAUAUAAGUUCUACAGUGUCCAGGAUGGUUCAACAAGUCUCUCAGCUUAUCACAGCUAAUCAGAAACUACCUGAGAGGGAUAGGUUGGAUCGAAGAGAGUUUGAGUUGGAUAUAGAGGAGCAGAAUAGAAGAGUAGAAGAAGGUAAGGAGAAGGUGUCAGAUCUCAUGAUGGAACUGAAGGCUUGGAACCUGGCCAGGGCUGAGUGUGCACUUAGAGUAAAAAGACAGGUUUGGAGUAACCUAGAGACUCCGGGCAAGUAUCUCAAGGGUGUCAACAGUCGGAGAAAAGUUCCAAAUUUUCCUCUACCUAAACCGAGCCCGGAGCAAGAAAUCAUGUUGGAGAACACAAUUAGAGAACGGCAGCUGGAGAUAUCUAUAGGGAAGGAAACUCAGGAUAUACGCAGUAAUCCUUCUACACGACCUGAUCAUACUCCACUCCAACCCUCUCCUAGUCCUGGCAGUCCUAGAGGGACAUCUCCUUACCCAAGGAAAGUAGGAUCUCCUCGAGGAUUAAAAACAAGCCUGGAGAUUAUUGGAAAGGAUGAAACUGAAGGAUUUAAUAAAUACGAACUAUUGGGGAGCAGGAGUUAUCUUUAUAUAAACAUUGACACUGCUCUUCUUAUUCCACAAAUAGAGAUUACAACGCAGAAACAAACUCAUCAACAGAUUAUUCUACUUCAGGAUGUUGUUAGGAAGCUGAAAAAAUUCUUUAAUGAGAAAUUUGAUGAAUUAUUUGAAGAAAAAGAAGAAACCUUAGAACAGAUGAACCAGCUCAACCAGCGUCUUAGAGCUCUACUCUCAGAACUCAGAGUUGAUGAGGAGAUACUAGACCAAGGUUGGGAUGAGGGAGAACAACCUGAGACAAGAUUACCCCAGGAGGACGGAGAGCAGGAUAAUGAGGACCAGGAGAGCGGACGGAACAGCUCCACAGGAAAAGAUUUUCUAAAAAAGAAGCAAGCUCUGACAUUUCUGGAUAGUAUCGGAGAAGAAGGAUCCGUUCUACCUCAACCUCUCUUUAUGAAGAAUAAACUCCCAGCUGAGUUUACAGAUGAAGAGGUCGCUGCAGCUGAAUCCCAUCUUGCUGAAAUACACAGAAUGGGAGCAAAGUUUCUACUCCGGAGAAGAGAACUUGAAGGAGAGAAAGGAUUGCUCCAGAACUCUAUCUCUGAACUGGCAGACAAAAUAGACACCAAGAUUGAGAAACUGUUCUGGUUGAGGAUAAAUAUCGAGAAAUGUAUCCUCUGUGAGGAAUUGAAGAUCCUGAACCUGAACCGAGCACUCAGUAUGAGAGACAAGCUAGGACGGGAGCAGGAGGUUCUCAAGAACAAGUUUGAGGAAAAUGAGAUUAUCUUCCUUGAGGCCAAGGAGAAUGUUGCUAAAGGAGUAGAUGAUAUAGCAAGGAUGGAGCAGGAGUACAAGGAUCUACAGGAGAAAGAUAAACUCUUGGAUAGAAACUUCAGAAAAGAGUUUCCGGGUCUAGGUUUUCAUCAGCUCGACUCAUUAUAUAAACUAUUCAAGAAGAGACCCAAGGCUAUAAAUCAUCUUGAGAAAACUGCGGAUAUUUGGGGAGCAAAGAAUCAGGAUUCAAGACGAGAAUCAAAAUCUUCUCUAAGCUCUGGGUCGCGAAGAGGAGGGAAAAACUUGAAAGCUAAGACGAUUGAAUCAGCUCUGGCGAGAAUGAGUAAUAUGUUUAUGGGAACCUUGACCGUAAAAGGACCUAAAGCUUCCACUGCUCUAGGUUUAUCCUUGGAGGAGCUGGAUCGUGAGACUAACUGUCCUGAAACCGUUGAUAAAGUAUCCUGGGCCAACCUUUGCAAACUCAGGAGGGAGAAAAUAGAGUUAGAGGAGAUAAUCAGGGUUCUAGAGAAGGACAUGAUGGAUGCCGAACUCAUAAUCAGGCAAAGAAGAGAAACCUAUGACAGGGUUGAGAAGGUUCGAAAUCAGUUCCUCAAGGAUAUUGAAGACUUUCAGAAACAUAAAAUAGACUUUAUCAAUAAUAGAGAUAUUCAGCUCCUACUGAGACAAGGUCAGAUUGAGAUUUGUCAGGACAGCAUGGAACCUUCUAACAAGGAUUGUGUGAUAAUCACGGACUCCGUGAUCUCCAGAUUAAACGAGGAUAUCACAAGACUUGGGGAGUCUAAACUCCAGGCUAUGCAGGAGAGUAAAGAGUACAGGAGUGGGAGUCUUCAUCUCAGGUGGGAGUCAGAUAGAUUACAGAUGCAGAAAACUGAUCUAGAUGAGAAGUGGAGAGAGAUCCAGGAAACCAAACUCUCAAAAGAAAACUCCCAAAGAGUUUUGGUUGAAACCAACCAAACCAGCCGGAGCCAGGAGUUCUCUGCUCUGGACAGAGUAAACAAACAGAAGGAAGCUUCACAUUUUAAACGUCUGGAGGAGUUAAACACCGUCCUGGACUCUAUACAGGAGAUGAGAGAUGAGAAGGAGAAGGAGAACAAGAACCUGAAGCAGGAGCUGGAACAGUUGAAAGAGGAGGUUCAGAGUCAGGAGAAGGAUCUGGAGGAUCUUAUUCAACAUGAAGAGGAGGAGAGGAAGAAGGUUCGAAUGCUAAGAGUGAUGAAGAAGAAUAAGUUAAAGGAACAACUAAAAGAUCAAACAGACCUGAUGAAUGCAUUGCAGGUCCAGGUUCAAACCUUCGUUACAAAAACAUUCCCAACUUUAAAAUAAUCUGUUCUCUUUUCAACUAAAUAAAUAUUUCAAUUGAAUUUA